AUCUCUUUCUCUCCCUCUCGCUUUGUUUCUCUCGCUCGCUAAGUAAGAAGGUGGAAAGCAAACAUGCUGUUGCAGAGAGCCCGGUUGCCUGAGAGUCUGAGCAAGUACUGCUUGAAGCCAUCAGGCAGUGUCUUCCGACUGCCAAAGUUCGAGUCCGCGCCUCUCUCCCCCAGAUGCGUCUUCUCCUUCAAGGACGGCGCCGUCAGCUCCCCUGAUGAAGCCAACGAUGGCCGCUGCUGCUCGCACGUGCCCAAGGGCUGCUUUGCGGUCUACGUUGGCAAGGAAGGGACAAUGAGGAGAUUCGUGAUCCCCCUCAGUUACCUGAGCCAAGCCAUCUUCAAGGCCCUGCUGAAGGAGGCAGAGGAAGAAUUCGGCUUCUCCAGCAACGGAGGAAUCAGGCUUCCAUGCGAAUCCUUUCUCUUCGAGCACAUCCUUUGGCUGCUCAAGAAGAAGGACCCCAUGGUCCAGAAUCAGGAGAUGGUGGAGGAGCUCUUGAGUUUUUACCACAACGAGGAUCGUGAGUUUAGUAGCUGAACUUUUUGCUUCUGACCUCUUUGUGGUUAAUUAAUCAAGUAGCGGAUUCUACUAACUUCUUUAUGUAUUACUUGGACGUCGUACAACUAAAGUUUGCUAUAGUAGCUUAAUACGGGGAGAAUGGAGAAGGUUGUGUGGUGCACCUGUUAAUUGGUGGCCUUAU